GCAGACUGGCGCCAGGAAGAUGGCGGCUCAGGCUGUGGCGCUCCUGAGGGAGGUGGCCCGGCUGGAGGCGCCGCUGGAGGAACUGCGUGCGCUGCAGUCCGUGGUUCACGCCGUGCCGCUCCACGAGCUUCGCGAGCAGGCGGCGGAACUACGCCUCGGCCCGCUCUUCUCCUUGCUUAACGGGAACAAUCGGGAACAGACUGCUUUGUGUGUAUCCAUUCUGGAGAGGUUGCUCCAAGCUGUGGAGCCAGUUCACUUGGCCAGACACCUCAGGAUUGACCUACAGAAGGGACUGACUCACCCAGAUGAUUCUGUAAAAUCCCUCACUCUGUCCCAGAUUGGAAGAAUUGUUGAAAAUUCUGAAGCUGUUACUGAGAUUCUGAACAAUGUAGAACUGUUAAAACAGAUUGUUUAUUGCAUUGGUGGAGAGAAUUUAUCUGUUGCCAAAGUGGCUAUCAAAUCCCUGUCAAGAAUAUCACUAACCCAAGCUGGACUGGAAGCUUUAUUUGAAAGUAAUUUGCUGGAUGAUUUGAAAAAUGUAAUGAAAACAAAUGAUGUCGUCCGAUACAGGGUAUAUGAGCUAAUUGUAGAGAUUGCUUCUGUGUCCUCAGAAUCCUUAAACUACUGUACCACAAGUGGGUUGGUGACCCAGCUCCUGAGAGAGCUAACGGGUGAAGACGUGCUGGUCAGAGCCACCUGUAUAGAAAUGGUGACGUCACUAGCAUAUACCCAUCAUGGACGACAAUACCUUGCUCAGGAAGGAGUCAUUGACCAGAUAUCUAAUAUAAUUGUUGGAGCAGAUUCAGACCCUUUCUCUGGCUUCUAUUUGCCAGGAUUUGUGAAGUUUUUUGGAAACCUGGCUGUCAUGGAUAGUCCUCAGCAGAUCUGUGAGCGCUACCCUGUCUUUCUGGAGAAAGUGUUUGAAAUGGCGGACAGUCAGGACCCCACCAUGAUUGGUGUAGCCAUGGACACUGUUGGAAUUCUGGGAUCCAGUGUUGAAGGCAAGCAGGUUUUACAGAAGACAGGAACCCGCUUUGAACGCCUCCUCAUGAGGCUAGGAUAUCAAGCAAAGAAUGCUUCCACAGAGCUAAAAACUAGAUGUUUGGAUGCAGUUUCUUCUCUUCUGUAUUUAUCACCUGAGCAGCAGACUGAUGACUUCCUGAGGAUGGCGGAAUCCUGGUUUUCCUCCUUAUCGCGGGACUCCCUGGAACUCUUUCGUGGCAUCAGUAACCAGCCCUUUCCUGAACUACACUGUGCUGCCUUGAAAGUGUUCACAGCUAUUGCAAACCAGCCCUGGGCUCAGAAACUUAUGUUUAACAGUCCAGGUUUUGUGGAAUUUGUGAUGGACCGUUCUGUGGAACAUGACAAAGCUUCUAAGGAUGCCAAAUAUGAACUGGUUAAAGCACUUGCCAAUUCCAAGACAGUUGCAGAGAUCUUUGGGAACUCAAAUUAUUUAAGACUCAGAACCUACCUAAGUGAAGGUCCGUACUAUGUAAAACCUGUUGCCACGACAGCAGUGGAAGGAGCUGAUUGAUUUCUUUCAGUUAGGACAGAAGACCGUGUUUUGACCAGAAUUUCUCAAGGCAUAUGAUUCCAUCCAUGUUUUAGAGAGCAGGGCUUCCCUCAUCCAGAGCUCCCACGGAGUGUCUGGGGCAGCUCGCAUCAGCAGUGCCAUUCCUGUGUCAGUGCCGUGUGGACCAGGCGGCAGCAUGGCCAUGAGCACGAGUGCCUUCCCAGGCCUCUGGUUGUCUCUGCUGCAAGGUCAAAGGUUUGUUUUCUCACCGAGUUUCCAUGGGCACACUCGUGACCUCAUUUAAAAAUAAAAUGAAGCCAAAAUGACUCUGAUUUCUUUUCAGCGCCUUUCUUUUCCUUAUCUGAUCUCACCUCAGAAUCUUGUGUAGUCCCUGGAAAAUAAGUCGUUUGGAAUCAUUGGAAUGUAUUAUUUGUACACAAGGAAUAAAUAGUUUUAAUAAGAUUUCUUGGUCACUUUUCUUUUGAAAAUUAAAAAUCUCUAAAAAUUGUUUGGGA